AUGUCAGACACAGGUUCGGGUGGCGGUGGUGGCGGACAGGGACUGGAAGGCAUGUUGCAAGCUGGGAAUGAUACUGGUUGCCUCUCGCAUUCUGGAGAUCCGGAUGGUCAUGUUGACAAUGAUGAACAAGCUGGCUCCAAAGGGGCAGGUGACCCUUCGCAGUCGGACAGAGAUAGUCUCCAGGUCUUGGCUGCUGACGGCGAGCUGGAGACAACGUCAGAGACGAACGAGACGUACGGGACGGCAGAGGAGGCUGACGACGAGCCUGGUGCUGGAAAGGCAGUGGCUGCAGAUGCCGAGACCGAAGUCGAGGCCCAUUCGGAGCCCGACGCUCAGGCGGCCGAGACUGAGGCCGAGGCAAGCUCGCCGCCCCAGGCCGACGGCAAUGACUUGCUCGACAACGCUCAGUGUGGCUCGCCAGAAACACCAACGUCGCCGUCCAUUCCGAUGCGGUUGUCGCCGGGCUCGCCGAGCGGCCGCCGCGGACGCAAGCAGCGCGGUGGCGGGUCCCGGUCGCGAAGCGCGGCCGAGCUUGAUAAGGCCAUGAUGAUUGCAGCAGCAGAGGAUUUGUCGGAGGAGAUGGACCGCGCGCUCGAGUGGGCCGACGACGAGGACGAGGCCGUUGCCUCGAGCAUCUACCGUUGGUUUGGCGAGGGCCAGGCCGAGGUGGCUCGUGUACGGCAGCUGGAGCGGAACAAGAGCAGAGCGACGUUUGGCAAGCUCGAGGCUGCGUUUGGCGAUGCGCAGGACGUGGUACAUGCGCUGCUCUGCGGCCCACUCGCGCGCUCUUUCCGGGUCGACGUCAUGGUCUCGGUCGACUCGUUCGAGGACUACGUAGAGUUUCUUGAGGUCGAGGACCAGGCCGACGUCUUUGCCACCGAUCGGCUAAGCACCGCGGAGAAGAUGGCGCGCAAGCUGGCAGUCGGUGUCAAAAAGUUCAACAUCAAGCCGCGCGAUGGCCUCGCCUUCCUGCAAGACGCCGGACUUGUUGGGACCGAGCCGGGCGAAGUUGCUGCCUUUCUGCUUGCCACAGAAGGACUGUACAAGUCGUCCAUCGGCGCAUACCUCGGCGAGCCGCACGCCUUUAACCGACAGGUUCUCGAUGCCUUUGCCUCAUCGUUCUCGUUUGACGACCUGCGCCUCGACGAGGCCAUGCGCGCGUUCCUGGCCACGUUCCGGCUUCCGGGCGAGGCCCAGAAGAUCGAUCGCAUUAUGGAGACCUUUGCGGCGCAGUACCAUAAGUUCCAACCCAAGCUCUUUGCCUCGCCGGACACAGCGUACGUCCUUGCGUUUGCACUCAUUAUGCUCAACACCGACGCCCACAACCCGGGCGUGAAGAACAAAAUGACGCUCGAGCAGUUCUUCGCCACCACCCGCGGCAUCGACAACGGGCAGGACAUCGAGCCCGACCUGCUCGAGGCGCUGUACCACUCGAUCAAGACCAACGAGAUCAACCUCAAGCCGGACGGACCGGCCACGCCGUUUGACUCGCCCGACUUUCGCGGCGAGCUCAAGAAGCGCGGUGCCGGUCGGCUCAAAAAGUGGAACUCGCGGUUCUUCCUCCUCUCGGGCUCUUGCCUCUACUACUUUGGCUCUGCCGCCGAGGCCGAGGCCGACGGCCCGCCGCGCGGCAUCCUACCGCUGGAGAACGUCUCCGUCGUCGAUAUGGCCACCAAGCACAAGACACAGUUUGCGCUUGUUGCCGCCGAGGGCGCUACGCUCAAGAUGGCCAAGCUCAAGGGCUCGUCAAACCUCAAGGGCGAGAAGCAGCUCGUCCUCCGCGCGCCCAACGAGGAUAUCAAGCGCGAGUGGAUGGCCGCCCUCGAGUCGCACAUCCACAAGAAUGCCUUCUACGGCCUCAUGCGCCAGAAGAAGACCGAGCUCGAGUCGGAGGUCGCUGCAGAGGGUGGCACAUCCCAGGCUGCCGCCGCCGUCCUCGAGCGCCGCCAGAACGAGACUCGCUCCAAUCUUGCACGCGUGAAGAAUCACCUCAAGCGCCGUCAGUCGCACUCGCUCGAGGAAAUGAUCCUCUCGUCGUCAUCGUCAUCGCGAAGGCCCAUGACCCGCGCCGGGCGCACCCGCGCCUCGUCCAUUUCCAAGACCCGCCCGUCGUCGCUCACCCCGCUCUCCCGUCGCGGCGCCUCCACUUCGGCCCUCACCGUAGUUCGCUCCCCGCCGCAUAUCUCUGCCGCAGAGAUGGCUCUCGAAUCCAUCGGCUCAGAGCUGCCUUCGCCGUCCGACCUCCAGGGCCUCUCCUCGGCCAACAUGUCGUCACCGGAUCUGACCCAGCACACGAUGCUCUACACCUGCGAGGCAUGA